GCGCUGACCGUGGUGGAGUAUUCGCCCUCUGGACCCCGGGACAGCGUGCCAGCACACACCAGCGCUCUGCACACUGUUGCUGAAGCCUCUCCGCUCCUCGUCCUCGGCCACCACGAUAUCGCAGCUCGGAGUCCGCAGACCACCCAAAGGGCUCUGGAGACCGCACGCUGGGAGGGCCAGGGUGGGUCAACGCGCUGAAGGAUGGCCGCGUUUGGGAAAGCAAUGGCAGGUGGACUGCUGCUCGGUUUGAGCCUCGCUCUGCUGGCGCGGGGAGCUGAGGGACAGGCGAACGGACGGGGUAAGAAAGAGGUAUCAGGAGGCUCGACGGUCCACCUCGGCCAGGAGAGGGACGUCUGGAGGCCGCUGAUCCACACGACGGUCAACCUCAGCCAGAUCAACAGCAUCAAGUCGUCCUUUCAAUUACGGACGUUUGACCCAGAAGGCGUCGUUUUCUACGGAGACACCAAAAACGGGGAGGACUGGUUCGUCCUCUCCCUGACAGAUGGCAUCCCCAUGAUGCAGAUCAGCAAGGAGGGCAUGCUCAUCAGCGUGACCGGGGGCCCCAAGCUCAACGACGGCGAGUGGCACACACUGGAAGUGAGCAACCACGGGAAGUUUGUGAUUCUGGAGGUGGACGGCUCUGGCGGGCUGGUGGUGGGCAUGCAGACCAAACAGAUGGAGGAGGGCAUUUCGGGGCAACUUCGGCUGGCCCUGGGCGGCAUCCUGAUCGACAAGGAACAACUGAUUGUCCAGUUUGAGCCACAGAUGGACGGCUGUGUGCGGGAGGGCAGCUGGCUAAACCUCAGCGUCCCCUGGGAGGCAGAGGCAGAGGAGCUCUGGCCGUGCCAUCCAAACAUCCAACCUGGCAGCUACUUCCCUGGCACCGGAUUUGCCGUUUUCAACACCUCAGUGUUCAAACUAGGAGAAGACCAUGGGGUCAAGAUUGAAUUGUGGGGUGAUUUCAGUCAGAUGGAUGGGACCAUUCUGAGCAUCAAGGCUCCUGGACAAGAGCUGAUGUUCGCUUUAGUAGCCAACAACAACACAAAAGAGGUCACACUCAGUUUUUGGCAGGAAAAAAUCAGUGUGAAAAGCACUUUCAAAAGACUCCUUGUGACCUUUCAAAAGGAUGUACUGAAAGUGCUUCAGGAUGAAGAUGAAUCAACGACUUCCGUAUUAUCCAGUAACCCAGAGAGCCACAACAGUUAUUUGACAACUUGGAAAGAGGGCCGUCUAGCCUUCGGAGGCCUUUUGGGUGACGAUGGCGCCGGCUCCCAGUUCUUGACAGGCUGCCUGAAGAAGAUCCAGGUCCAAAGCAGGGAUCUGGAUCUGGAUUCAGCCGACAAACACGUGUCAGUGUCCUCUCACAGUUGUCCUGCAUAGACAAUAAAAGCAUCCAUACACUGCAUAAGGACAGGAUACUGUAUUCAUUCCAACGUACAUCGGAGUACAUUUUUCUCUAGCAUCACCCUGAUGACCAGUACGUUUUUUUUUUGUUAGGCUUUUCAUUUUGAAGUCAGAUGUGGUACUUGCGCCAAUUAACCUAUAAAAUGUGGGGGGAAAAAAACAAAACAUAUUAAAUACUAACAUUUCACAUUUCAAACAGAUGACAUGCCCAGUUUUACCCGAAUACACACAUUAAUCUGAGAGAUGUGAGUGGCUCGGUGACCUUGGUGCGCGCAAUUAUAUGUUUAUGAAUAAAAUAUGAUUCUCCUUAAAA